AUCCAGUAUAGUAUAUUCGGAGCAAGGGAUGAUGAAAGAUUUAUUGAGUUCACUCCCUGAAGGAUUUGUUGCAGAAGCAUUAGCUCUUACAAGUCCACGAGAUGUUUCCAGGUUGUCAUCCGUCAAUACCUUUUUUCGGUCAGCCGCCGAGUGGGAUACGGUCUGGGCCAACUAUGUUCCGCCGGAGUGCCUGGGGGAGGCCUUAGACGGUGCUCGCGGUUCGAUGAAGGAGUUGUAUCUACGUCUAUGUGAUCAGCCAAUCAUAAUUGAAGAGGGAAAUAAGAGUUUCUGGUUGGAUAAAUGCACGGGGAAGAAAUGUUACAUGUUGGCUGCUAAACAACUGUCAAUUGCUUUGGUUGAUUCUCCUAGUUGUUGGAGAUGGACCUCCAUACCAGAAUCUAGAUUUACAGAAGUAGCUGAACUUAUUAGUGUGUGUUCACUUGAAGUCACCGGCAAUGUCAACACUUCUAUCUUAUCUCCCAAUACAGCUUAUGUUGCUCACCUUGUGUUCAUGACAACUGCUAAAGCUUACGGGUUUGAGUACCAACCCGUUGAGGUCUACAUCGGUCCUUAUGAGGGUAAUUGGCACGCUAGAAUGGUGUAUUUGGACCCUCAUGCAAAGAAAAGACGAAGAUUACGACCACCGAGACACAUUGGAAUGUUUAGCAGAGGGGCGUUUGCAAAUUACAACGUAGUACCUUCCCCUUCGGAAGACAAUUGUCCGAAACAUAGGGAAGAUGGGUGGUGUGAGGUUGAGAUAGGGGAGUACUUUAAAAAGGGAGAGGAUGAAGUACAACUUGAGAUGAAUAUAAAGGAGGUGAAAGGAGGAAAUUGGAAGACAGGGCUAAUUAUUCAAGGGAUCGAGAUUAGGCCCAAAAACAUACAUAAUUAAGGGAUGAAAAGUAAAAAACAAGACAUGCUAGGCUUUUUUUUAGUUUGCUCUUACACCAUGUGUAGUGGGGCAUUAUGGGGGCAUUAUUUUCAAAAAAAAAACGUCCACUCCCCCAUUACAUAGGGCAUUAUGGGGUAUUAUUUUUGAAAAAAAAAUUGCUUGGCAUUAUAAUUAAAACGCCUAAAUUGGAAGAAGGAAGGUUUGACCCACCAAUGAGAAAAUAGUUUGUUUUUUUUUUUGUUUAAUGAUUGGAAGGGGCAUUAUCAGGCAUUAUUCCCACUACGCCACUUUUGCAAUAACGCCUCAUGCUGACUGGGAUGACACGUGUCGGAUAAUGCCCCAUGGUGGGGGCAUUAUUUUUCUAAACCACUACGGGUGGUCUUAGAUUGGUGUGUUGUAUCUUAGAUGAUCACCAAUACAUGAAGGUAAAUGCAAUUACAAAUACGCCUAGCCAGCUGUCACAUCAGAUUUUCAUAAAUGCAUCAAAAACAAUUAUUUUCACUUCAACCCUGCAACAUAUAUACAUUUAUGUUAAUAAUCAAGUCUUUUUAUAAUAAAUAAGUUUUAUUUAUUUAUUACAUUAUUAACAAAUAUAAUUAAAAUAAUUAACUAUAAUUAAGCAGAUGUUGAAAUUGGAUUUGAGCUAUUUCAAUAAAUGGAGUGUUUUUGUUAUUGCCGAGCCUUCAUUUUGUGUGAGGGUUUAAAAGGUGUAAAAGAAAUUAAAAUUGUAUGAUCUGUGAAAGAAAUUGAAAUUAUAUGAUAAGUAUAUAUUUAUAGAUGUUUCGAACCAACCAUUAGAGAUUAUCUAAAAUAAAAAGUAUUAACAUUAAUGUAAAUAACACUUGUAGAUAAACGAAAGGGAAAAAUAUAUUACUAUUGGUUGUUAUUGGUAAAAUGAAAAUGUUAAGUGCUUUAUGUAAAAUGGGCCCGUAUAUAUUCUAAAUGUUUCGCACGUAGUGUCAUGCAUUCAUCUAAAUGCAUUUGACCUCCAAUGUGAUAUUUAAUUCUUUAUAUGUCAUAUUAUUCAAAUGCAACCUCAAAUGUUAUAUAUUGGGUUUAGUCUUAUAGAAGCCUGACAAGUUCGUUAUUUUGAAAGGGGUUAAUGCAUUAUUUUAAUCUUGAUUUAAGUAUUUGUGUUAAAAAAUAUGGUGUUUGGAGUUUUGGUAAAAGAGUUGGAAUUUGGGUAUAAAAAAGGUGAUUGUACUUGAAAUUAUGUUUUAACCUUUUUUUUUUUUUAAGUUCGAAAGGGUUGAAUAACCUGAGAGUAAAGUCAUUAUAGAGUAAAGCUCUGGGAGUUUUCAAACUGCGACUAUGGAAGCUAUUUACAACUAUAGUGGAUGUAUACAUUGUUGAAUGUAACAUUUUAAUAGGAACACUAUGCAAAGUCAUAUUUAUAAAUUGUUGGAUAUUUAUACUUUGUUGAAGUUACAAACUCAUAUUUAUGUUCAUAUUUAUAAAUUGUUGAAUUUACAAA